AUGCUCAAUGUUCGUCUACAAAAGGCCGCCACUCGAGCUGGUGUCACAUUGUCCACCUCGUCCAUCCUUCCUUCGUGGAUUACUGGGAGCGGCCGGCCUGCCUCUGCUGGGCCUGUGGGCGGAGACCUAUUCUCAAUGGGCGGGACCAGUGGAAUGACUGGUUGUCAUGGCACACCUGGUCCUGGCGUGAGCAGCGGCGUAGGUAGUCAGUUGUCACGAGAGCUGGACCGAUUGCAUCGGGAGCAUGAGACAGUUCGUAGACAGCUGGAUUCGGUGCAACGCGAACUUGAGACUUCCAGGACCGAGGCGGAGGCGGCGCGAGCUGAGGCUAAGCGUACACAGAAUGACCUGGUCCAGGCCAGAGAGCGUCUUCGCGAAGUUCAGGAGCAAUCGGAAGCCAGAGAGGAAGAAAUGGUUAGUCGGUCGUAG